AGACAGUCUAGGAUAAUUGUGUUCUACAAUAGAUUAUUGUUUGUGAGUUACACAGACAAGAUGUCUCAACUUUCAGUCACUAAUAUGACUCCUGGUGAAUUGAUGACGGGACAAUAUAACUCCGACCUUGACCCUAAUGUGUCAGUCUCCAUUGACGACCUUAACCACGAUGAGGUUAUGGAGCGGAUCGGUGCGAUCAUAAUCGUAGGCUUCCUAUCAUUCGUCGGGGUUGUGGGUAAUUUGCAUGUGCUAUAUAUAUAUGGAACGAAAUUCAAGAAAACAAAUCAGCGAAUAUUUAUUUUAUUUCUCGGUUACCUGGAUCUGUUCACGUGUGUGGUGGGGAUGCCGUUUAUCAUAUCGGAUCUGUUACUGCCGUUGAAAUUUACAUCCGGAAUCGCCUGUAAAGUUUUACGCUUUACAAAUUAUUUCACAGGAGGAAGUUCGGCUUUUCUUCUCGUCGUCAUAGCCAUUGAACGAUACAGGAAAAUAUGUCAUCCAUUGGAAUCACAGAUGACGAUCAAAGGUGCCAAAGUAACCAGCGUUCUAGCUUUAGGUCUAGCCAUUCUGUUGUCUUGGCCGGCGGCCAUUUUGUAUGGUUUCAGUACUGUGGACACAGGUUAUCGGAACCUGAAGGGGGCGGCGUGUUACAUAAAUGAUGCCUUCAUUACGACAAAAUACACAACUUAUUACAAUGCCGUCAUCAUAUUGAUCAUCAUCAUAGCAAAUAUUGUCCUGAUAGUCCUCUACAUCAAGGUCGUUCGUCGUAUCUACCAACAAAAGGCGUUCAGGACCGACAACAAGCAUCAAAUUUCCAGGGCCAGAAAGAAGAGUUUCGAACCUGGUCAAACAUGCAAGGUGGUGACGAACUCCGAAUUCCAGUUCUGUAGUAUGGACAUGCUAAAAGCAAGCCAUGAAGAUCUGACAACAUGCAGUGCUUUGGACGAGUCGGUCAACGCACUGGACGAUAGCUCAGAAAACAGUAAGCAUGGCAACAGACUCACCAAACCGGGAAAUAGGGCAAAAAGCAAGAAAGUCAGUCACAGAAGUGCCCGUGUGACAAUGAUGUUGUUUAUCAUCACUGUGGUGUACUUUGUUAGUUUUCUUCCACAUCUGGUGCUAAAGAUCCUCGCCGACGCCAAGAAAGACUUUUUACCUAAUUUGGAUUACACAGGCACGUUCAUGUUUUAUAUGUUUCUGUAUACUAUCUUUAUCAAUAAUAUGGCCAAUCCUAUCAUAUAUGGUUUUUGUGAUUCAAAAUUCAUGGAGCAUGUGCGUGCAAUGUAUCGGCGGCCAUGUUUGAGUGACAAGAGGUAGUUUAAACUGAAAUCCAGAAAUUAGACUUCAAAGGGUUGAUGAUACUCAAAUAUAAUGCAAACUACAACACAGAACAUUGUGUAGUCACUUUAACCGCCUGUUUGUUGUCACUAUUAUCGUGAACCUUAUCUGAGUAUUCAGCUGUUCGAGACUGUAAACACAAUGACCAGAGUGCGUCUUUGUAUCCAUCCAAACGUCCGUGACUUUUGCAGCGGAAUAGCUUUUAAGUACA